AUGACGCCUACACCUCCCUCAACAACGUCUUCAAGCGCCGGUGCGCAGUCGCCGGAGUUUAGAGUUGUUCGGAAACGAAACCGGGUGCCACUAUCGCUGAAAUGUAAUCGAACCCACCCCUGUGAAAACUGCGUCAAACGAGGCGACGCCCCCUCCUGCUCCUAUGCUCAGAUCACGACUCGUAAGAAGAGCUCGCCCCAGCAGACUACACCGACUUCGCCAGAUGAUAUGCAGAACCGGAUCGAUCGCUUGGAAGGCCUGGUUCUAUCGCUGAUGACGAAUGGUAAUCAGUCUGCGGGACCUGCGGCGGCGUUGGCUGCCAUUUCUGCGAAUAGCAGCGCAGGAGGCUCAAGAGGGCUUUCCAAUGACAUCGACAUCGAUGUCGAUGAGGAUGGCGAGGGUGGACCAGAGGAGAGCGACACGGAGCAAGUCACCAAGUCUUUUGGCGUGAUGAAAAUGGACAACAACAAAUCGUAUUACAUCAGUGAAGCUCACUGGGCCUCUGUACUCAACGAUAUUUCUGAAGUGCGCAAUUUCUUCUCUACACAUAAGAAGCAAUUUGAGGAACAAGCAGAGAAAGUCAAGGCUGCGCGACCUCAAACUGAUGUGCCAGGGUCAACGCUUCUCUUUGGUGUGAUGAAGCCAUUGAGCCGGGCGGAAAUUUUGGCCACUUUGCCAUCCAAGUACACAACGGAUCAGCUUAUUGCCCGUUACUUUAACAGCUACGACCCUGCGACUCACAUCCUCCACGGCCCUACAUUUCAAGCACAGUACAACAAGCAUUGGGAGGAUCCCAGCCAAACCGAGCUUGUAUGGAUCGCUAUGCUCUUUGCUAUGAUGCGAUUGGCAAUGCUAUCAUACUACCGUGAGGGGGACGAGCCACCGGAAUUCAGGGGCAAGGCCAUGGACAUGGCUGGUUCUUUCCGAAAUUCAGUUGCGCAGUGUUUGACUCUGGCCGACUACACGAAAUCGCACCCCUUCCUGAUCGAGGCACUCGUAUUCCACUUACACGGCGACUUUUCACAAACCAGGGAAGCCGACAUCUCAGUGUGGGUUCUAUCUGGAGUGAUCGCCCGUCUGGCCAUGCGAAUGGGUUAUCACCGUGAUUCGAAGAUGUUCCCCAACAUCACACCAUUCCAAGGCGAAAUGCGACGGCGAGUGUGGUCAUUUGUGCGCACAGCAGACCUUCUCUUCUCCUUCCAGGUUGGACUGCCCUGUAUGCUGCGCGUUGCUGACAGUGACACGGAAUUGCCGCGUAAUCUUUACGACGAUGAUUUCGAUGAAGACUGCAAAGAGCUUCCUCCACCUCGUCAGCUCAGCGAGCCAACGCCUAUCUCGUACAUGAUCAGCAAGUCUCGUCUAACGUACGCCUUCGGUCGUGUCAAUGAGCAUGCUUCGGCUGUUGCGGGCACUUCUUAUGACAAGGUCAUGGAGCUUGAUGCGGAGCUCCGCCGUGCUCGGGAUUUGAUCCCGGAUCACUUGCAAAUCCGAUCAAUGGAAGAGUGCCAGGUCGAUCCCGUGAGCCUUAUCAUGUCUCGAUUCUCAGUCAUGACUGUCUAUCUCAAGGCACAAUGCGUACUUCAUCGACCAUAUCUGGUCCGCGCUCGAGAAAACCCUCGCUUCACAUACUCCCGCCGCACAUGUAUCGACUCGGCUCUUGAGCUGCUCAAGUUCCAGGCGCUUAUUCACAACGAAACACGACAUGGACGCCUGCGUGGUCGCCAGGUUGUCACAUCUCUCAGCUCUGCAGAUUUCUUACUGGCUGGUACAAUCGUGUGUCUCGACUUGUAUCAGGGGUACCAGUUGCAGGCUUCUGGCCGACCGUCUGGAGAUACAUACACUUGGGGACGCGAGCGUUGUGAAGAGAUGACGACUGCCAUCCAGCGUACGAAGGAGAUCUGGGAUGAGAUGCGCGACGAGAGCAUGGAGGCCUACAAGGCUAGUAGCGUUCUCGGCGUCAUGCUAGCUAAGCUGCACAGUACCAUUCCAGGCCUUGAAAAUGGCACCGGGAAUAACAUGUUCGAGCCUCAAGACGAGAAGCAGAAUGCUGCGAUGACUCUGGGGCUUCUGAGCAGUGGUAUGAGUCCAAUGAACCCGGGCCCACAACCAUUCUCCGACCCAAUGCUCAAGAUGUCAGACUCGCCAAUGCCGACUAGCUUCGGGGCCUCGGCUGAAAUGCCUGGUGCCCUGUCGCCCUUUAGCAGCAUGUUCGGUCAAAUGCCGGACAUGCAAGUUAAUUUGGACUGGGUCAGUUUUCGUGUUCUCUGUCGUGAUGUUAUUGCUAACCAUGAACAGGACGCUUGGGACACAUACAUCCAAAAUCCCACCUUCGACACUUCAAACCAAUUCUGGCCCAUGAUGGACCCCCAGCGCCAGCCAAUUCCCCAAGGAGUCGGCAUGUCACAACCGCCAAUCUCAAGCCCCCUCGGUACAACCCGAGUCCCACAAAUGCCAAACGGCGCGCCACGACCACCAAACGCGUUUUCCCCUCCAUCUAACACUAGCCCUGAAAGCGGCUCCUCAGUGCCCGGCUUCACGCCGAUGUCAGGCUCAACUAACAACAGCACCCUGCGGAGCUCAGGCAGCCAGGGUCUGUAG